AUGCAGACUGCACAACUUUUUAUCUACCGUAGUGCGCAUAAAAACGCCGCCGGCAACGCCGCCGUUCGCCGGCUGCAGCCGUGUCGUCGCAGCCGGCUAGCCGGCGAAACGCCGAAAUUUUGCCGCCGUUUUUCCGCCGCCGCGCCGCCGGCGUUUGUUUUUCCCAGCCCUGUCUACAGGCUUGAGCCAUCGUUCCGUCAGCUUGCCCAGAAGCUUCUAGAAGUACAACUGCGACAAGUAGAUUUACAGAAAGAAGAAAUGGACCGAAUUCAGAGGUUCCCAAUCAUCGAUCCAUCGCUCCGUCAGCUCGCUCAGAAGUACAGCAGAAUGGGUUAUCAUCGUUUCCCACCACGUGCCAUCAACUGCAGAAAUAAGAAGUGCGGACACUCGAACGAUCUCCGCAUCAAGAAGAAACUGAAAGCAACCAGAAUCCGGCAUCCGAUUGCGAAGACAACAACGACACGAGCUGUCCUCAUGAGAAGUCGGAUGGAUCAUCGUGAGAAGUCGCAUGGAUCAAUUGGGUUUAAUAAUAAUUGUUAUCUCUCUUGUUAUAUUUCAUGA